AUGAAUUCAACAUCUUCUAUAUCUGCAAAUGUUAAUAACAUUCCUGUGCCUAACGACACAAAUUUCAAGAAAUGGAAAGAGCACGUUAUAAUUGUGCUCGGGUGCAUGGAUUUAGACUUUGCAUUAAGGGAGGAUCGCCCUUCAGAUCUUACUAGUGCCAGCACUGCUAAGCAAAGGUCUACUAUGGAAAAAUGGGAGCGAUCCAAUCGCAUGAGUUUAAUGAUUAUGAAACACUCAAUUCCAGAAGCAAUAAGGGGUGCAAUACCUGAGGAAACCCAAGCCAAGGCAUUCUUGGACCAGAUAGCAAACUGA